AUGACGGUCUUGAACUGUGACAUAGCAGAAUAUGAGACUGCUUCUCUCUCUUCGUUUCUCUACCCAACAUACAACCAACUUCUCGAAAAUAGGCGAGGGGGCAAAAACUCUACUCAUAUUAUUCUGGGGGAGCUUCCUCCUACGGGAAAUAGGCUCAUGCAGAAUUCAGUAUGGCGCCAGCUGCAGUUCCCCAAUAUACGGUUCUGUACAGCGAUAUGCCGGAUGAGUUUAGCGUUAGAAUGCAGCAUUGCUUCGAAUGCCGAAAUCUACCACCAUUGUCUUGUUGGCCUUAGCUAUUGGGAGAGCGGGAAGGUGGAGAUUCCCCACUACCAGCCCCAUCAGCUUGCUCCUACUGAUAUCGCCUCUACGGUUCUAAACGCUGGUACCGAACUAUCUAGCUUAACUCAGUAUGGGUCGUCUUUGGCAAGUUCAUCGCAAGACCUUAAGGUAAACGCUAUUGACGCUACCCAAGGUGGGCAAAGAGGAGGGCGUGGUCGCCCAGAUGGUCGAGUUGCUGCUGAAAGAGAGCGUGUGGCGCGACAGGAGGCAUUUGCGGUGCCAGACCCGCUCCUUGACAUUAUAACCGAAGUAUGCAGCGAUAUUUUAUACUGUUUCUCUCCCUCUACAAACGAUACUGAUAGAUGGAGAGGCGAAACCACCGUAUUCAUGGCUAUUUACCAGCGUUGCAAUCGACAGGUAAUACCAGCACCUAAGUCAAAAGACACAUGCGUUCACAAUGACCAUCAUUGCAAACCGCAAAAGGAGGACGCUAAUAACCGUUUAACGUCCCGUUAUCGAUGGCGAAAAAGCACGGCUGCGGCGACCCUCUUGGUAUAUAGGACCGCUACCAAGUCCAGGUACAACAUUGAAUUUGUCUCUUGUGGCAUCAGGGUUGCCUUUGAGCUCGUCAAGGCUGGCUUUCCUGGGUCCGAGGUGGCUAUUACCUCUGCAUACACCGCACAGGUCGCUACCUAUCGAUACACGUUGCAUAAUUUCAUCGACUGGUGUUUGCACCAAGAUGUGAGCAGUGGUGAGUAUCGUCUUAGCACACAGCUGAACUAUAUCGAGAUCUUCACAGUAGACAAGAUGCAAGGCGACCAGAAAGAGGCCAUCAUCCACUGCACCACCACGUCGAGCGAUCUGGGGUUCACUACUGAGGCAACUCGUCAGCUUCUUGCUAAUAGUCGCGCCUUACGAACUCGUGAUCGAGGUCAGAAAAGACGGUCUCUGCCCAUGGUCACAUGUGGGCGCGGCUCCCAAUAA